CCGCGGGGCCAGGCCCGACAUCAGCCCUGGAGGAGGAGGAAGCUGGGACCGGCGGUCGGUGGCCACUGCUCGCCACCCAAGAUGUUAUUCUUUGGCAACAAUCCCCAUUAUCUGUCCCCACUUUGGGCUAAUCAGACAGAAUCGCUAAUGCGGAGGGCUGCUUCCUGCCGCCUCUGGGAGGUAACGGGGCGCCCGAGGGGCGGGGGACGGGGCGGGGCGGGGGGCGGAGGUGGCACCUUCCGGGCUCGCCGGGGCUUUGGUCCCGCACGCAUUCAGGUACUUGACACUCGGGAGUCCCGGACCUCGCCCGGGUGGGAAGAGCUGUUUAUAUAAACAGGGAUUCCACGGUAGAUGCCCUAAUAUCUCGGCAGCCAGUGCAUGGCGUGCGCCUCUCACGCCCACCCAUAGGAGCGGCGUCCCCGGCCGCCCCUCGGUUCCCAGCCUGCCCUGCCCCCGCCUCCUUCCCCUCCUCGGCCAUGGCUACCUCUGGACGCCUCGGCUUCACCGUGCGCAGUCUCCUGGACUUACCGGAGCAGGACGCGCAGCACCUACGGAGGCGGGAGCCCGAGCUACGCGCCCCCGGCCCCUACGCCACCUGGCUGGAAUCGGAGCGCGGCCACUACCCCUCCUCGGACGAGAGCAACCCAGAGGCCAGCCCGCGGGACUCGUCGCAGCGGCCGUCCGCUCGGCCUGCGUCUCCGGGCUCGGACGCCGAGAAGAAGAAGAAGCGGCGGGUGCUGUUCUCCAAGGCGCAGACGCUGGAGUUGGAGCGGCGCUUCCGGCAGCAGCGCUACCUGUCAGCGCCAGAGCGCGAGCAGCUGGCGCGCCUGCUGCGCCUCACGCCCACGCAGGUCAAAAUCUGGUUCCAGAACCAUCGCUACAAGCUGAAGCGCGCGCGCGCGCCGGGAGCCGCGGAGGCGCCCGACUUGGCAGCGGCAGCCGAGGUUCGCGCCGCGCCCGGCCUGCUGCGCCGCGUGGUGGUGCCCGUGCUGGUGCGCGACGGGCAACCGUGCGGCGGCAGUGGCGAGGUGGGCACGGCCGCCGCCCGGGACAAGAGCGGCGCGACCCCGGCAGCCGCCUGCCCUCUGCCAGGCUACACGGCCUUCGGUCCCGGCUCGGCGUUCGGCCUCUUCCCCGCCUACCAGCACUUAGCGCCCCCCGCCCUGGUCUCCUGGAACUGGUGAGGCAGCCGCGGGGCGCGGGCACCUGGGGCUACGCCGGACUUGGGGUGCGCUCUGCGGCCGGAGCAGGGAUAGAGCCGGAGACCUGGAGCGCGUCCUGGGCCCCUCCUCCUUCGACGCGGGGGUCCCCUGCCCCGCCCUCAUCAA